ACCGCGAUGUAUAUCAAUUUUUUCUCGGAAACAUUAUUAAGUUACAGAUUCAAAGAAAUUCUGAAGUAAUGGUUUCAACAAAAUUUACUUCAAUAGUUAAAUCCAGUAUACUAAAUGAUUGUUUUCUUGGAAAUGUUAUUUUACAAAUGAAUUAUAAAACUAGUUGAUGUAUUUAGUUUAUAUAUAUACAUAUAUAUCCUUCAGAUGCUAUCUCUAUGAAAAUAAUGUUUGAAAAAGUCACGAUUUGUAUUUAUCCACAAGUUAAAGAUUUGGGUUUAAUGAAAAAAGAAACGACUGAUAUUCUCUCAGUUGAAAUCUUUCAUAACAACUUGAUUGAACUAAAAUGCUGUGGUUUUUACUAUUACAACCUAACAUUAGAAGAAUCACAAAAUGUAUUAAAAGAUAAAAAGCCCGGGAGUUAUAUUAUAAGAGAUAGCAGUGAUAAAUCAUUUUACUAUGUGCUCUCUUUAAUAUCAGAAAAAAAAAAAGUUGUGAAUUUUCGCAUUUACUUUCACGAUGGAAAAUUUUUAUUUGAUGGAGCAUUGCUGUGUUCUACAUCAGUAAUCGGUUUAGUAACUUUAUUUCAAAAGAACUACUCAAAAUAUUCAUUAUAUAAACCAAUUUUAAAGCAUGUUCCCUCGUUACUACAUUCUUCAAGAUUAGUAGUAAAUCAGAGUUUACAAGAUAAAUCAAAGGUGCCAAUCUAUAUUCAAAGAAUUUUGAGCUCAUAUCCUUAUGAAAUUUAGUAUAUAUAUAU